UCAAUUGUCUCAGGCAGCAGAACGUCAUGGAAAGAGUUACUUUGUUGCAGCGCGCUCAGGAAUAAACCAAAGCAACAAUGCAGACCGGUGCUGUGUGUUGAUACUUUGUAGCAGGAGGCUGUUUGGAUUCUGAUGUUUUGAUUCUUUCCGGUUGAAUUUAAAAGGAUCGACUGAAAGAUGCGCAGGAACCUGUUUACAAGGAAAACGCAGCAAGUUUCAGUCUGAGGGAAUGUGGAGCAGGCUCACAAUGCUCGGGGAUACCAUCACGCAUCCCUCUGUUUUCCUUCUGUUUGUACCACUUUAUCUCAAAGAUAUCUGCAUCGAGGAUCAUGUUUUGGCGCCCUAAUGAGAAACAAGUUUCGGAUGAGUGAUGCAGUCCAGUUUCUGAGGAUUAAAACCACCGUCGGUGCUUUCUGGAGGAGCUCUGUGGUUGAAACCAGUCCUGUGUUUGAACCUGUUUGUGAUGUAAAAGGAGGAAGAGAGUCCUUCUGUUAUGAGGAAGUUAAUGUGUUAUAGAGCAUUUAUAGUCUUAUUGUUAGACUUUUAAGCAGAAGAGACAGUAGGACAAUAGAGCCUCAAUGGGCUGAGGAUGCUAGUGGUCACAGUAGGUAUAUCUUUAACUUUUUUCUAAUAGUUUUACACAACUGUGUUUACUAAGUUGUCAUAUCAUUAAUUUUACAUACUGUGCUGUUGCACACCUGAUCCAACAGCUGCCAUGUAAUUUGAGAUGAGUUUAAAUAUUACAGUGAGCUAGUGUCAGAUGUUUUUCCAACACAGCAUGCAUCAUCACAGUAUAAUCUAGGCACUAUGUGCAUGUAGAGUUUUUUCUUGCUUUAAGGAGCCACUGGAGUAUCAAGAUGUCAGUGAAAGCCAAAGCAAUCUACACUUUUCAAAGUGAAAACAAAGAGGAGAUCAGCAUCAAGGAGAACGAGGAGCUGGUUAUCUUUGACGAGAACUCAGUGGACGGCUGGUAUCAGGGUGAGAACAGCCGAGGGGAAAAAGGUCUCUUCCCCGCGUCCUAUGUGGAAGUUAUUCGCACUCGCUCCAACUCUAACGUGACCGACUGCUCCAUCAGCCCGGCGGGAUCUUUAGGAAACGACUCCUCCUAUUUCCCCUCGACCCCAAACACCCCUCUGCAUUUGCAGCAGAGUUUCUAUGACGACGACGACGAUGACUGGGACGACUGGGACGACAGGUCGACUGUGGUUGACGACGGUGACACUCGGAGCCCCGGGGCCAACGGGCAUGCCCAUCAGAGCCCGCUGUCCAAUAACCCCAACGUGCACUACCGGGCCAAACCACACAUGGAGAGACAGGACAGCAUCUCCAACUCCAGGAAGGGCAGCAUGGUGGGCAGGAACUUGAACAGGUUUUCCAGUUUUGUGCGCUCAGGGGUGGAAGCGUUCGUGCUGGGCGACGUGCCCAUGAUGGCGAAGAUAGCCGAGUCGUACACCAUCGAGAUGGGUCCCGUGGGGCCCCUGUGGAAGGAGAGCCCAAUGCCGUUCUCCUGCUCCAUCGAAGACCCAACAAAACAGACAAAGUUCAAGGGCAUCAAGACGUACAUUUCGUACCGGGUGACGCCUAGCGACACGGGGCGUCCCGUCUACAGGCGCUACAAACACUUUGACUGGCUGUACAACCGCUUGCUGCACAAGUUCACUGUGAUCUCCGUGCCCCACCUGCCCGAGAAGCAGGCCACGGGGCGCUUCGAGGAAGACUUCAUCGAGAAGCGCAAGAGGCGACUGAUACUGUGGAUGAACCACAUGACCAGUCACCCGGUCCUCUCCCAGUACGAAGGCUUCGAGCACUUUCUGAUGUGUGCCGACGACAAGCAGUGGAAACUCGGCAAGAGGCGGGCUGAGAAGGACGAGAUGGUGGGCGCCCAUUUCAUGCUGACCCUCCAGAUCCCCAACGAGCACCAGGACCUCCAGGAUGUAGAGGAGCGCAUCGACACCUUCAAGGCCUUCGCUAAGAAAAUGGACGACAGCGUGUUGCAGCUCACUCACGUCGCCUCGGAGCUGGUGCGUAAGCACCUGGGUGGGUUCAGGAAGGAGUUCCAGCGGCUGGGAAAUUCUUUCCAGUCCGUCAGCCAGGCGUUCAUGCUGGACCCUCCCAACAGCUCAGAGGCCCUCAACAAGGCCAUCUCCCAUACAGGCCGCACCUACGAGAACAUUGGAGAGAUGUUCGCAGAGCAACCUAAGUAUGACCUCUUCCAUAUGCUGGACAAGCUGUCGCUCUACCAAGGCCUGCUCGCCAACUUCCCCGAUAUCAUUCAUCUACAGAAAGGUGCCUUCGCCAAGGUGAAGGAGAGCCAGCGGAUGAGCGACGAAGGAAAGAUGGACCAGGACGAGGCCGACGGCAUUAGGAAACGCUGCCGGACGGUUGGGUUCGCCCUCCAGGCGGAGAUGAGCCACUUCCAUCAGCAGCGAGAGGUGGACUUCAAAGACAUGAUGCAGGCCUACCUCACGGAGCAGAUAGCCUUUUACCAGCGGGUUGUCCAGCAACUGGAGCGCACCCUGCGCAUGUACGACACUCUCUAAAGACUCCGAGCUGCUGUCCAGUUCAAGAUGCCAAAAAAACACAGAAGAAGAAGGACAGAAAAGUCUUGACUCUUUUAUCAAGGCGUUUUGAGUUGGUCAUGUUUCAGUUUGAAAAGACUCAGAUAAAUUAAGCAAUAGUUACUGGAAAGACGUACGAAGCCAGUCAAGUCUUUCACUUUGAUGGAUUCAAAGUCACAUUUUUUUUUUUGACCUACUGUAACUUUUUGUUUCUGAAAUACACAUCACAUAGGCAACGUCACAUGUUUAUUUUACAUAAUUUAAGGUGUUUGUAACAUUAAAAUAAGAAUAUAGGUUUCAAAUUCAUAGUUGAUUGUUCGAUAGUGAAACGGGUUCUGUUUUGAAAUUGUCCCCUUCUUUCCAACAUCAUGCACUUUGGCUUCUCCUGGGACUGAAUCAAGUUGCUUCAAAUGUGUUCAUUUCUCAAAAAACUCCCAAUAUUCUGGUUUAUUUACCAACAUCCGAUAAACAUUCCAGGUGCUUUUUAAUGCAGCAUUUUAUGAUGUUAUUGAAGUUUUCUCAUCAGACUAUGAAAAGAUGGUAAAUCGGGCCAAACAAGUGUAUACUAUAGUGGAAUUUCACCAUCAUCUCUGCAGCUUUCAUAUCAGUUUCUCUGCUAUCUCUUAGUACAAGUCUUAAUUUUGUCUUAACUUUGCACCGUGUGGAAGACUUACUGAUAUCAUGUCGUUCAGCUUUGUUUUCUUACCAUCUUCAUGCAGUAAGUGCCUUUUAAUUAAUGAUCUGAGGCAUUCUGAUGGAAUAUUUGUAAAAGGACCGUUUGUCUGUAGUAUGUCUUGUGUCUAAUGGGGGGGAAUUAUGUUUAAUGAGUUGCAUUUAGAAACAAGUUUGCACAUGUUUUUUUAUACACUAGUGGGUCAUAGUGUUGGGUGUGUGUGUGUGUGUGUGUGUGUUUAUGUGUGUGUGAGCGAGUGAAAUGAGUCAACUACUGUGCUGAUCAGUUCCCUUUUUCCACGGUGGAAAACUAAAUAUUAUAUCUUAUUGUUUCAUGUAGCAGCAGGUUAAUCUAGCCAGCUAGUAUGACACUUAGUCAGAUAGUUGAAGUGGAUUAACUGGUUGUGUGAGGCAGAACAUCAACAUGGCAUUUCAAUGUUUGUAUUAAAUCAUUUACUAGUUGACACAAGACCAAAUUCUUCCUGUUACCAGAAUGUUGUGUUUAAUGUGGUCAAAAAAACCAGUACGAUUUAAUAUUCACAACCUCUAAUGCCCAAAUAAAAUACACAUUAUAUAAUUCAGAUUAUCUACACUGUACCCAUAAUAACUCUGUUACAGCAUUUUUACAAUUGUUUUGACAUUUUGGGCCUAUUCGCUUUCUUGCCAUGAGUUCGAUGAGAAGAUCGAUACCACUCUCCAAAGGCAGCGCAUACCAGAUCCACUACUUCCUUGCUUACCUUUCACAAUAAAAGCCCUAGACACAUACUGCUUAACUGUUUACCAGAGGCAAAUUCACUCCGAGCAUUUUGCUAAAAGGAAACUCAUUGAAAUAACUUGACUGCCAGACGCUGCUCUGGGACAAUAGGAUCGCGGUAGUUGGUCCUCUGCCCGCGCAAAUCUAUUCAAAUCUGUUUUAAGUGUUGCAACUGUCACAAAUUUGCAUCUGUUAAAUUCUGUUCGUUUCUGCUGGUGUGAAUAGUUUGAUGCGUAAUAUUCGCAGGCGAGUAUUUCACAUUUUCAUGUUGUUUAUUCAUCACGCUCCCGAUGUGUAAAAGGCCUUUAAUUGGUGAGAUUUAGAAGUGCUGGUAGGCAGAUUGAGUUACCUGUGGACAGAGCCAGGCUAGCUGUUUUCAUCUGUUUCCAGUCUUUAUGCUAAGCUAAGCUAACAAGCUGCUGGCUGGAGCCAUAAAAAAUGGUAUCAAUCUUCUCAUCUAAUACUCAGCAAGAUAACGAAUAUGCAUAUGUCCCAAAAUGUUGAACUAUUCCUAUAAUAAUAAUAAUAAUAAUACAUACAGUAUAUCUUAAGUCUCUUCUUCCAGCUGUGAUCACAGUGACGUGUCACUUUUUACAUUUUGUUUUCCACAUUUAGUGGACUAUUUUUUCCACACUGAGUGAGAUCUAUGUGACUGUGAGGAUCCCAUUCUUCACUGCUUGGAUGCGUGUUUAUUACUAAAUAAGAGCUGUUCCAGUAACAUUACUCAUCCUGUUUAACAAGAGAAAAGAAAACAUUCAUGGCAACUCGCGGUUUUGACGAGACUAUCUUUAGCGUUGUGUAACCUUAAGAGGUUUAUGUGGAGUCUGCGUUUGCAAUUACGAGCAUUACCUCAAGAAGUGUAGCGGGGAUGUUUCUGUGAGCGUGACACGCUUCUCCUAUAGCAGUUUCCAGUGUUUAUUCGUCAGUUGUGAGACUCGGAGGUUUUGAUCUGUCAGUGGUGUGUUCGACUGUGGAUGAAACGUGAAAGGAGAAGUUAUUUUGUGACAUCUCUGCGUGGUGUUUGUGAGAUUCAGAAUGUGAGGUUAUAGAGCCAUAUUAUGGUUCUCCCAUAACAAAGAAAGUGCUGAUUCAGUGCAGGAUUCUCAGUAAACAAAUGGUCCCUGUGUUUGUGUGUUAGUGUGACUCAGAUAUGUCUCGGUUACUGCUCAGUCCACAUCUGCAGCCUUUAACUCUUCGCUGUCUUAAUGUGGUGUUUAUUUUGAACAAACCUUUACUUUUCAUACUUCAUCAUUUGUACUCAUCGCAGUUUCUCCAAGACCAAAGAAGUCAGACAUUUUCUACCGGGCUUCCUUUUUUUUUUUACUCUGUUUGGUUGAAGUGAAAUUGAAUGUGCUCUCUGGUUUUGUAAUUGAAUCUGUUCUACUCUGAGGAAAAUGUGAAGAGCAUUUGGAAAAACUAAAAAAAAAAAAAGAAAACAUUCCACAAAGAAAGGACACCAAAUGCAAAGACAGAUUUUGGGCAGAAG